AUGUCAGAGAAGUCAUCGCCAUUUCGCCGACCGGCUGCCCUGGCUGUCGGCGUUCUUGUCUUCUUUAUCCUCUUCGAGACUUAUUAUUUAUACUCUAAUGCAUGGACACCUACACAUGGGUUGUCGUCCGAAUCCGUAACGAAAACGACCGGGGCAGCAUCACCUGUCAGUGCGCCCAAGAAGAAGCCCGUCAAGACGUCACAGCUUCACUUCCUGCUGCCCGCCUCGAACCCGAAUGAUAUGUUCUGCGCCAUCGUCACUUCCGCCCUCGUCAAUCGAUACCCCGCCCCUUAUAUGAUCGGAUGGAAGGGAGAGGGCAAAUACAACGCAUCUGCUGCCCACACUGCAAAGCUGUACUCUAUCAAGAAGUAUCUCGAUGAGCUUCCUCAGGGCGGUGCCGACGACGACCUGGUUUUCUUCGGCGAUGGCUACGAUGUUCUGGCUCAGCUGCCGGUUGAGGUUGUGAUUGAGCGCUACUUCAAGGUCGCUGCCGAAGCGGACCAGCGUCUUGCUGACCGUUUCGGCAUCUCUGUUGAGGAAGCUCAUAAGCGUGGAUUGAAGCAGACUCUGUUCUGGGGUGCUGAUAAGAUGUGCUGGCCGGCGCUCAAUGAGGCACAAUGCACCAAGAUCCCCGGAUCGCACUUGUCGCGCAACGUCUACGGACCCAAGACGGGUAACGGUGAUGUUACGUAUCGCGAUGCCAAGUACUUCAAUUCGGGAAGUGUCAUCGGACCUCUCGGCGAUUUGCGCAACUUCGUCAAUGCUGGCAUCGAGAGCAUGGAGAACACUUUCGAUCCCAACUUCAAAUACAAGACGUCCGACCAGAUCUACCUCGCCAGAUUGUACGCACGCCAGGAGCUCUCCCGCGCCGAGCAGAUUGAGGAUGAAUACAUGGACGUUGCCAGCACUAGCGGUAACGGCACUGUCGCCAAGGAAAUCGCAGAGUACCACGUUGCCAUCGACUACGAGUCGGAAUUUGUGCAGACCGGGUGCUUCUCCCACAAGUGGAUGGAGAACCUAAAAUACAACAACUCGGAUAACACGGCCACCAUGUCCAAGGACCUGUUCGAUCAGGGCAAACACUUCAAGCCCUACCCCAUGCAGAUGCCCAACAACGUGUACCGAUCUCUCCUCAAGGUCUUCAAGUCCAUUUCUGAGGAGCUUCCCCCCACGUCCGCCCGCGACUGGAUCGGCAGCCUAGCCCUCAACACCAACGUCGCAACACGCAACAUCUUCGGCUUCUACCACGCCACCUGCAGCAAGCGAAACCUGGUCGGCGACUUCAAAAAGUACUGGUUCCACCCUUACGCGGUGCCACUGCUCCAAGCGGGCUAUCUCGCCACCAAGAAGAAUGCGCCCAUCACGGAGAAGCUCAUUGAUGGCCGCAAGUGGGUUUACAAGUCAGUGUACCCCGACACAGGGUCGCCUCAGGAUCGACUCGGCGGUGUCUUGACAGAUUUCAAGAACGAGACAUAUAUUUCCUUUUCAGAGCUAUGUGAAGAUCAUUUAGAAGUUCUUGAGAUUCGAUGA